AUGGUACUUAAGUCCUUCCUGCAGCAGAAGGAGACGAUCGGGAGCCAGCGCGACGCCAUCCGCGAGCUCACGGGCAAGCUGAGCCGCUGCGAGGGCGCCGCCGGCCCCGACGGCAAGGGCGCCACGGCGGCGUGGAGGAAGGAGCUGUCCAAGGGCAAGGACACCAUGGGCGACCUGCCGCGGGACCCGGCGCAGGUCAUCGACCAGCUGAGCCGCACCAUGCAGACCCUGAAGGACCGGCUGGGGGGCCUCGAGCACCAGCUCCGAGCCAACGUGUCCUACGCAGCGCUGCCUCCGGAGCUCCGAGAGAUGCUGCAGCGGAGGCUUGGGGACCUGGAGCGCCAGCUCUUGAGCAAAGUGGCCGAGCUCGAGGAUGAAAAGUCUCUGCUUCACAACGAGACGUCAGCCCACCGGCAAAAGACAGAGACAGCAAAAAAGAAUGCUUCCCUUCAACAAAUUGGAGUGCUCUAGCCUCGUGGUAACAGUGCAUUUAAAUCACCCGACGAAUUCAAAGUGUCUCUUCCUCUUCGCACAAAUUAUUUAUAUGGGAAGAUCAAGAAGACUCUGCCAGAGCUCUACGCUUUCACCGUGUGCUUGUGGUUGAGAUCAAGUGCUUCUCCUGGAAUUGGCACUCCAUUCUCAUAUGCUGUUCCUGGUCAGGCUAAUGAAAUUGUCCUCAUAGAAUGGGGGAAUAAUCCAAUUGAACUUCUAAUUAAUGAUAAGGUUGCCCAACUUCCCCUCUUUGUCAGUGAUGGAAAAUGGCAUCAUAUCUGUGUAACAUGGACAACCAGAGAUGGCAUGUGGGAGGCUUUCCAGGAUGGAGAGAAGCUUGGCACUGGAGAGAAUCUAGCUCCGUGGCACCCAAUUAAACCUGGGGGCGUCCUGAUCCUCGGUCAGGAGCAGGACACAGUAGGAGGAAGAUUUGAUGCCACUCAAGCCUUCGUGGGGGAGAUGAGCCAGUUCAAUAUAUGGGACAGGGUCUUAAAAGCUGAAGACAUCAUGAACAUUGCCAACUGCUCUACCAACAUGCCUGGCAACAUCAUACCCUGGGUUGAUAAUAACGUUGAUGUGUUUGGAGGUGCAACUAAGUGGCCUGUGGAGACAUGUGAAGAGCGCCUGCUAGAUUUAUAGCUGCAAUCCUUUCCCGUUUAAGUGCCCCUUUUUAGUAGGACAAUCUUUUGUGCAAUCUAAAGCACUUACUUUUCUCUCUCUGCCCUUCCCUAACUCCUC